GGUACCCUGCCUGGUGCCUUUACUUAGCUAUUGGGCUGAGCCUUGCUCCUCCCUUUCCUACUCGGAUAGGAGUCACUUAGGAUCUGGAGCUUGGACUUCCAAAUUGAAGCUGGCCUCGGGCCAGGUGACCUUUUCUUUGCACUGAGUCGGAACAGGAUUCUUUAAGCCAGGCGUCUCCUGAGGUGGGUCGGCCAGCACACUCGCCGCACCAUGUGGAUGACUAAACUUCUGCCGGUUCUGCUGCUGCAGGAAGUCCUCCUGCAUCUCCUCCUGCUUCCCAUCGCCAUCCCCUAUGCAGAAGGACAAAAGAAAAGAAGAAAUACACUUCAUGAAUUCAAAAAGUCAGCCAAGACCACCCUAAUCAAGGAAGACCCAUUAUUGAAGAUAAAAACAAAAAAAAUGAAUGUUGCAGAACAGUGUGCAAACAGAUGUGUCAGGAAUAAAGGCCUUCCAUUCACUUGCAAGGCCUUUGUUUUUGAUAAAGCAAGAAAAAGGUGUAUCUGGUUCCCUUUCAAUAGCAUGUCAAGUGGAGUGAAAAAAGGGUUUGGACAUGAAUUUGACCUCUAUGAAAACAAAGACUAUAUUAGAAACUGCAUCAUUGGUAAAGGAGGCAGCUACAAGGGUACAGUCUCAAUCACCAAAAGUGGCAUCAAGUGCCAGCCCUGGAAUUCCAUGAUCCCUCAUGAGCACAGCUUUUUGCCUUCGAGCUAUCGGGGUAAAGACCUACAGGAAAAUUACUGUCGAAAUCCUCGAGGGGAAGAAGGGGGACCAUGGUGUUUCACAAGCAAUCCAGAGGUACGCUUCGAAGUCUGUGACAUUCCUCAGUGUUCAGAAGCAGAAUGCAUGACCUGCAAUGGGGAAAGUUACCGAGGUCCAAUGGAUCACACAGAAUCCGGCAAAAUUUGUCAGCGCUGGGAUCAUCAGACACCCCACCGUCACAAAUUCUUGCCUGAAAGAUACCCCGACAAGGGCUUUGAUGAUAAUUAUUGCCGCAAUCCUGAUGGCAAGCCGAGGCCAUGGUGUUAUACUCUAGACCCUGACACCCCUUGGGAGUACUGUGCAAUUAAAAUGUGUGCUCGCAGUAUUAUGAAUGACAGUGCUGUCCCAAUGGAAACAACUGAAUGUAUUCAAGGCCAAGGAGAAGGUUACAGGGGAACCACCAAUACCAUUUGGAAUGGAAUCCCAUGCCAGCGCUGGGAUGCUCAAUAUCCUCACCAGCAUGAUAUAACUCCUGAGAAUUUCAAGUGCAAGGACCUAAGAGAAAAUUAUUGCCGCAAUCCAGAUGGGGCUGAAUCACCCUGGUGUUUUACCACUGAUCCAAACAUCCGAGUUGGCUACUGCUCUCACAUUCCAAAGUGUGAUGUGUCAAGUGGACAAGAUUGUUAUCGCGGAAAUGGGAAAAAUUAUAUGGGCAAUUUAUCUAAAACAAGAUCUGGACUAACAUGUUCAAUGUGGGACAAGAAUAUGGAAGACUUACACCGCCACAUCUUCUGGGAGCCAGAUUCUAGCAAGCUGAACAAGAAUUACUGUCGGAAUCCUGAUGAUGAUGCCCAUGGACCUUGGUGCUAUACAGGGAAUCCUCUCAUUCCUUGGGAUUACUGCCCUAUUUCUCGUUGUGAAGGUGAUACCACGCCCACAAUAGUCAAUUUAGAUCAUCCCAUUAUAUCGUGUGCCAAAACAAAACAGCUGCGAGUUGUAAAUGGGAUUCCAACACGAACAAAUGUGGGAUGGAUGGUUAGUUUGAAAUACAGAGGUAAACAUAUCUGCGGGGGAUCAUUGAUAAAGGAAAGUUGGGUUCUUACAGCAAGACAGUGUUUCCCAGCUAGAAACAAAGACUUGAAAGACUAUGAAGCUUGGCUUGGUAUCCAUGAUAUCCAUGGAAGAGGAGAUGAGAAGCGCAAACAGGUUCUGAAUGUCUCCCAGCUGGUAUAUGGGCCAGAAGGCUCAGAUCUGGUUCUGCUGAAGCUUGCUAGGCCUGUAAUCCUGGAUGAUUUUGUUAGUACAAUUGACUUACCUAAUUAUGGCUGUACGAUUCCUGAAAAGACCACUUGCAGUGUUUAUGGCUGGGGCUACACUGGAUUGAUCAACUCGGAUGGAUUACUAAGAGUAGCACACCUCUACAUUAUGGGGAAUGAGAAAUGUAGUCAGCAUCACCAAGGCAAAGUGACUCUCAAUGAGUCUGAACUAUGUGCUGGGGCAGAAAAGAUUGGAUCAGGACCAUGUGAGGGUGAUUAUGGUGGUCCACUUAUUUGUGAACAGCAUAAAAUGAGAAUGGUUCUUGGUGUCAUUGUUCCUGGUCGAGGAUGUGCCAUCCCAAAUCGUCCUGGAAUUUUUGUCCGAGUUGCAUACUAUGCAAAGUGGAUACACAAAGUUAUUUUAACAUAUAAGAUCCAACAGCCAUAGUUGAAGCAAGUCUGUCUGAAGCAUCCGUUCCUACAUGACGAUUCUGCAUGAAGAUUUCAGAGAACAUGGGAUUAAAAUGCCACUGAAACAACUGCUUGAGUGCCAUGUGUGUUCAGAUGCUCAUUUAUAUAUAUGUACACACACGUGUGUGUGUGUGUGUGUGUGUGUGUGUGUGUGUGUGUGUGUGCAUGUGUUUUGUUCUGUUGUUUGUCAGAUUAUUUUGUAAAACUGAUUAAGUGAAUUAAGGUACCUGUAAAUGCAGUAACAUAUCUCCUGAAGAUACUUGAAUGGAUAAAAAAAUGCAAAGGUAUAACUACUGGAUGAUAAACAAUUUCAAGGCAAAGGUCAGUUAAUCAUUUUAUACUGCUUUCCAGGUUAAUAUCUUAGUAAUCAAUAAACCAUAACUUCAAUAUUAUCUUAACAUCACCAAGAAAAUUUAUACCUUGUGUUUUUGAACUAUAACUCUGCAUUAAAUCAGAUUAUCUUUCCAAUGGCACAUGUGCAUUCAUUUCUUUUCACUACGUAUCCUGCAAUACUGGGAUACAAAUGUACUUUUACAAAAAUACAUGCUCAUGGCAUAUACCUGCGUACACAUGUGGCAUGCACUACAGUUUAUACUGUGGUAUAUCUAGUGUCAUCUCUUAAGUAUGUUGGAGCUAUGCACAUAUAGUUCUUUAAGAAAUAAACUAGAAAUUUGUAAGUAGUAGUGGAGCUGUUCAGGCAAGGAGCAAGAUAAAAGUGACUGUCUUCUGAUCUAUAGAUGACCUCCACUGCUGGUAUUUCAAGUGAGAUCAGGACCUAUACAGUUAAAUAAUGUCUAGCCUCUGAGUUUGCUUACAUUUAUUAUCCUAGUUGUCUCAUGUACUUUAUAAUUCCUAAGGAGAAGAAAGUAACUUGUAUUCAUAUUUUUUCCUCCAAGUUUGGGGCUACUUAUUUAUGCAAAAUAUUUGAAGACCUACUUUCCUAAACAUUUUUUUAAAUUCUCAAAUCUUUGUUAUAUUGAAAAUAUGUAAGU